CCGUCCCACCCCCCCCUCCCUCCCUCGACAUUUCAAGGACCGUGCGCAUUUUUUACCUACUUUGUCAGUAUCCAGACUUCAACCAAGUGUUUUGCAAUAAUCCAUCUCUCUUGGCCCGUUUGAUACCUCUGCGGCUGUGAAGAUUUGGUGGAAGGCAUCGUGUCACAUUAAUCUGUACAGUGCUGGCCAAUCCAAGUCAGAUAAGAUGGAAAAAGAAUUUACCAUAAGGGUGCAACAUCCCCUCACAAUUCACUUCUACACCUGCAUUCAGAAACGGAAAGGCAGGUUGUUCUUGGCUCAUGGCAACAAACGCAGGCAGUUGCUUGCAGCGAACGAAACAACGAAAAUGGAGCAAGCAUCUCUCCCAAAAUAUCCUGAUUUCACACUGAGGAACAUUCUGGGAGUGCAACAGCGACUGAAAACCCAAAGGGAGACAGUACAGUCACUGAACGAUGAAUCAAGAAAAGAAAUUUGACGAGAUGAGAUGAGUUCAGAUCAGAUCAGAUCAGAUCAGAUCAGAUCAGAUCAGAUGAGAUGAGUUCAGAUCAGAUCAGAUCAGAUCAGAUCAGAUCAGAUCAGAUCAGAUCAGAUCAGAUCAGAUCAGAUCAGAUAAAAUGCAAUAAAGUGUAAAUGUGAUGAGAUGGAUGAUAUAGAAUCAGAUGGGAUGGAAUGAUAUGGGAAGAGAUGGGACAAGACGAGUUGCACAGCAAUCAAUCCAGUAACAAUGUUCUUUAUCUGCUUCUUUGUUUUCGCUGCUUCCUACGAUAGAAAGAUUUUGAUAAGAAGUGCUUUGAAGGAAGUACGAUUACAAGAAAUGGCAUCAACCGAUUGAA